UCAGCACCUCCCCUCUCUUCCGCUCGGAUGUCCUUGUAGCUAUGGAAACUCAUCAGCGGUAGCAUCCUCCAGUGUGUCCACCCCGUCGUCUGGACAGCUAAGCUAAAUUCGUAUGUAAAACAUCUCUUCAGAAUGGCGAUUGGGCGUCAAACGCUUUACUUGGCGCUCUUUUCAUGGAUGUGCAACAGUACAGCUUCUGCUGUAAUUCUCAAAACAGCUGAAAAAUCCGUAUGGACAAAUGAAUUUGAGUCGAUUGAGUUGACCUGCUUGAUAGAGUCCAUUUCUACAAACAAUCCCAGAAUUGAAUGGAAGAAAAUUAAAAAUGGUGUACCCAGCUAUGUCUAUUUCCAAAAUAAAAUUUCAGGUGACUUGGAGCACAGGGCUUUGCUGAGAGAGCCUGCAAACCUUCUGAUCCUGAACGCCAGCAGAUCGGACACAGCUCAGUAUCGCUGUGAGGUGGCGGCCAUCGAUGACCAGAAGCCCUUUGAUGAAAUACUAAUCAGUCUCGCUGUAAGAGGUACUGCUGGAAUAGUUCCUCUCAGGUACAGCAAAGGGAACAUUCUGUGAGUUUUAAUCCAUGGUUAUAACUCUCAGUAAUGUUGCACUGAAAUGCCCGAUGAGAACAGAACUGAUUGAACUG